ACCAGGCUUCAUCUCUGCCUGCUUAGGACCUGCGGCCUCUGUCCUUCAGCGUGCAGCUGGCUGACCGACGAGUCUGCAGCCUCAGGGCGCAUGCGCCUCCUGGCUGGCGUCCAUGGGGUCAAAGGUCAUGGGGAAGGUCGGAGAAGGUGCUGGCUUGGGUGCCUAGGACCCAGUGUGCACACUAGAGGUUACAGGCCACAGGAUGGGCAUUUAGAUCUCUGGCUAAGUGCCGGGCUCUGGGCCAACCCUCUGGCAUGUACGAGCUCCCUUAGUUCUCAUAACCUCCAAUUUUAUAGAUGCGCUGCCUGACCACACCCUUGCUCCUGCGGGCCCUGGCCCAAGCUACAAGUACAGGAUAUCCCAAUGGCCGGAGCCUACACAGCAGCACAGUGGCAGCCACCUACAAGUAUGUGAACAUGCAGGAGCCUGAGAUGGACAUGAGGGCAGCAACUGACCGGGCAGCUCGCACCCUGCUGUGGACUGAGCUCAUUCGAGGCCUGGGUAUGACCCUGAGCUACCUGUUCCGGGAGCCAGCCACCAUCAACUACCCAUUUGAGAAGGGGCCGCUGAGCCCGCGCUUCCGAGGGGAGCAUGCACUACGCCGUUACCCAUCCGGGGAGGAGCGCUGCAUUGCCUGCAAGCUCUGUGAGGCUAUCUGCCCUGCACAGGCCAUCACCAUCGAGGCUGAGCCAAGGGCAGAUGGUAGCCGCCGGACCACACGCUACGACAUUGACAUGACCAAGUGCAUCUACUGUGGCUUCUGCCAGGAGGCCUGCCCCGUGGACGCCAUCGUUGAGGGCCCCAACUUUGAGUUCUCAACGGAGACACAUGAGGAGCUGCUGUACAACAAGGAGAAGCUGCUCAACAAUGGGGACAAGUGGGAAGCCGAGAUCGCCGCCAACAUCCAGGCUGACUACCUGUACCGGUGAUGCCUCUGCCCUCUCUGUGCGGCCCGCAGUCUCUGCUGCCCAAUAAAACAACUUCAACACCUCCA